UGCGUUUUGUUCGUUGAAACAAUUACCAGCGCGAUGGCUCGUGCACGUUUGACGUUUCAAAUAUUUAAAUUCUAACGGUUCUAACGGUUUUAACGGUUAAAAUAAACAUCAGUAAUAAACGAUGGACUUUUUGUACAAAGUGUUGAACUUCUCUACUUUAUUCGGCGUCCUCAAGGUACUUGGUGACAACGCUGAACCGUCCAAGCAUCCAGGCCUUGAUGUGCUGGCCACAGCCUCACACUACUGGCCGCUGGAUGAAGUAGACGGGAUCCCCAGCCUGCACGACCAGAUUGGAAAUAGAACAGGUCAUAUAAAUGGGACUGCUAUAAAGAUCGUAGAAGGGGUGUUAAACAAAGGCAUUUACCUAAAUGGAGCCUCUGGAGCCACCUUUCUUCAUUUCGGAAAUUACAGGAACUCCUGCAUUAGUGACCCCACUCUGUGUGGACCGCAGGGAAUUACAUUCUCCUUCUUCUGGAAGAACCAAGAGUCACGGUCUAGCUUUGCAGUGACAUCUGGAGGGAAAAUCAUCUCCAACGGCUUCUCUGUGUACACUAACUCUUUGGGGGGAUACGUGGAGUUCUACACCAGAGGAAACUCCCACCGCUGGAAAGCUAAUAUUAAAUUGCCAGGCCCUUACUGGACACACAUUCUUUUUACUUGGACCCUGAAAGACGGCCUGAAGAUCUACAUCAACGGCACAUUUAACAUCAGUGAUGAAAAAGGCAGCGUGUCUGAGAACUACGGUGAUGUGUACAAUGACUUGGUCAUCGGGACCGGACACAGCCACAUCUAUGGGCAGUAUGUGACUGGAGCGUUUGACGAGUUUGUCAUUUGGGAGAGAGCACUUUCACCCAAAGAGAUCUUGCUUUACUACAAAGCAAGCAUCGGCAAGGAUGUGAGUUUUGCUCCAACUACUGAAACUCCCACGUCCACUGUGCACACAACAACAGACACUGAACAACAGGCAGUUACAUUGUCACCACACCCCACCAUUUCUGACCCCACAAAGGACAUUCAGGACUCAGUGUCCAUGCCAAUGCUGGGCUUCCUACAGUCUUUGCCCUUCAGUCUGCCCAACAAGACUAUAACUCAGGACAUGGCUCACAACCUGACACAGUCAGUUUUAAAGAGUGUUGAUGAAGUGAUGUCCUCCAGCAGCUGGCGAACAGACGAGGAGUGGACUCCUGUGGUCAGUGGACUCAUUGACACUGUGGACAAAGUCAUGGGGCACAUGGUGACCAACGUUGACGCUAAACCAGAUUCUCUUUUCACCAUUGGUGGAAAGAGCUACGUUGCAGAUUACUCUCUAAUGAAGAUUCCUCAAAACUACAACAUGCAGAGCUACAGAUUUCCCACACUGGGCAAGAACUACAUCUCAGUGCCAGGAGAGGCCUUCACCACUGAGUCUCAGACCACAAUUGUUGGCUUAUUUUACCACAACAUGCACAACUUCUACAAACAGAUCAGCCCUCUAAGAACCAGGAUCAGUGCGGCGGUAGAAUUUAAGGACUACAAAAUACAGGUGGCCAGCUAUCUGAUCUCCCUGAAAGUGGAGCCCUCUCCUGUCCUCUCAGUCAACCUGUCUUCAGAGCCACUCAUCAGGAUCAUGCUAACACACCAACUGAGUGUCGACCAACAACUUCAGGCCAUUAAUCAAAGCAACAAGGUCUUCCUCUACUGUGCCUUCCUCGACUACAGUACUAAGGAAGGUGUUUGGUCCAAUGAGGGCUGUUUGAGAGCUGGAGGAAACCUUUCCUACUCUGUCUGUGUGUGCAAUCACUUAACCAACUUUGCCAUCCUAAUGCAGGUUGUUCCUAUCGAGCUCACUAAAAGUCAUCAGGUGGCUCUUUCUACCAUCACCUAUGUGGGCUGCUCCAUCUCCAUCUUCUGCCUUGCCAUCACCCUCGUUACCUUUGCCAUACUCUCGUCUGUAAGCACCAUCCGAAACCAGCGAUACCACAUUCAUGCCAACCUGUCUUUUGCCAUUCUGGUGGCCCAGAUCCUCCUGCUGAUCAGCUUUCGUUUUGAGCCCGGGACGAUGCCCUGUAAAGUGAUGGCUGUGCUGCUUCACUUCUUCUUCCUGUGUGCAUUUGCCUGGAUGCUGGUAGAGGGGCUUCAUCUCUACAGUAUGGUGGUCAAAGUGUUCGGCUCCGAGGGCAGCAAGCACUUCUACUACUACGCCAUCGGCUGGGGGUGCCCACUGGUCAUAUGUGUGGUGUCCAUAACGUCAUCACUAAGCAGUUACGGAGAAGUUGGAAACUGCUGGCUGUCUCUGAAGAAUGGAGCUAUAUGGGCGUUUGUGGCUCCUGCUCUGUUUGUCAUUAUGGUGAACAUUGGUAUUCUUAUUGCUGUGACGAGGAUCAUCUCCAGAAUCAGUGCAGAAAACUACAAAGUUCAUGGUGAUGCCAACUCUGUCAAGCUCACUGCUAAAGCUGUAGCAGUCCUCUUGCCUAUCCUGGGCAUCUCCUGGAUAUUUGGCGUCCUGGCUGUGAAUGAUCACUCCCUUCUCUUCCAGUACAUGUUUGCUGUCUUUAACUCCCUGCAGGGCUUCUUCAUCUUCCUUUUCCACUGUCUGCUAAACUCAGAGGUGAGAGCUGCUUUUAAGCACAAAACCAAGGUGUGGUCACUGACCAGCAGCUCCAUGCGCAAUAUCAACGCUAAGACUUUCAACUCUGACAUCAUGAACGGAAACAGAGGAGGUGUGUGUCCGACAAAGAUGAACACCUGGGACAAAAGCAGCAACUCGGCUAAUCGCAUCGACCUUUCAGCCGUCUAAGAGUAAACAGCAAACAAACAAAGACCCACAAACGGACAAUAAAAACAAACAAACACCAUGCUGGCUCGACGGUUUUAUUAAGUUCUCACCGGACGUGAGAAGGACGACGUAGAGACUACAGAUGAUAGCCGAUGUCGCUCUGUCCCACUGACACCGCUCACUUUGUGAAGAUGAACAGUUUAGAGCCAUAAUAGGUCACAGAUGAAAACACAAGAGUCGUUGUGUUGGAUCGGUUUGCUCUGUGUUGUACUUGUAACUCCAGUCACUGCUGGAUUCCACUGCUGUCGAUUACUUGACGCUAACUGUGAUGGGAUUCGUCUCGCUCGAGCAGUUUUCUUUAAUACUGCCACACUCAGCUCUGUUCGACUGAUUAGAUGGAAUAAAACUCACAUCUGGGUUAUUUAGAGGCAGUUUUGUUUUAGGAUUUUCCAUCCUGAAGACAUCUGAGCAUCGUGCUGGCAAGAUUUCAUGGAAAAGACAUUCCCGCCUCAGCGGACAAAUAUGUAGAUUUCUACUGCUGUGUGUCCUGAUCCUUCACUGAGAGGGAAAAUUUAACAGCUUCACUUUUUCUCAUUGAUGUGAUGCUAUGUUUUGUGCUGUCACUGACUGUCUGAAUGUUGGUUUAAGUGAAGCUUAAUAGUCUCUCCAGGUCCAACUUUUACUCUGUUAAAACUGGAGUCUGUCUGUUUUUUCUGAAACAUUCACUUUUAAAAAUGUAUUUAAGUUUGAGACAUUUGCAUUAGAAACAAAACUUUUACGUUGGGUGGCGUUGAAACAAACAGGGUGUGGCUGCACUCAAUUUCAGUGCGAUUUGAAGCCACAUUUUGGCAUGAAAUCUUGUUUAGAGAGAGCGACCGACCUUCUGAGACUAACAGCUUACUAACAAUUCAGCUAUAUAAGUACAUUAUAAGCAGUGGUCACACUGGAUUAUUUACUGUAAUAAAGCAGAAAGGUCAGCUGACUGGACGACUGUAAUAUGUGAAUCCGUAGUGUCAGGGUUAGCUUGUAGUUUAGUAUGUUUUAUAGCAGUAACGACAGGGUAAAAAAGCUCUGGCAUAAUCACUAUUUAAUAAAUAAAGUUUAUUCAGUUUAUUCAUUUAUUUCAUGCUUUUUUUACCCUUGUUGUGUAACCGUAUCCAGUGUGACUACUGCUCCAUGUCCAGCAUGCACAUAAGACUGCACAUGCACCAUUAUUAGGCUAAUAUCAGGUUAUGAGAGAGUAGAGUGAACAAAGGUUAAGUGGUUACAUGUCUUAAAAUGUCUUCUUUUUAAGACCUUUGGACAUAAAAACAUUGUUCACUGCCACUGGCACCUUUAACUAAAACAACCUUUUUGUCUUUUGGCUCCUCCUGUAUAUCAGGGUCGCCACCGCAGAUCUGGUCUGUAUACCAAACUAGGCACAGUUUUAAAGUUAUGAACCAAAGCUUUAAAUACUCAUGUACGCUCAUGCCAGGCAAUUAAGUCAGCAUGUUUGUUUGUUUAUUAGGAUUUUAUCGUCAUGUUUUACACUUUGGUUACAAUCAUGACAGGAACGGUAGUUACUCAUUACACAAGAUUCAUCCGUUCACAAGAUAAUGUCGAACACAGUUUAGUGUCUCCAAUCACUUGCACGUCUUUGGACUGUGGGAGGAAACCGGAGCUCCCGGAGUAAACCCCGCCGACACGGGGAGAACAUGCAAACUCCACACAGAAAGGACACGGACCGCCCCACCUAGGGAUCCAACCCAGGACCUUCUUGCUGUGAGGCGACAGUGCUACCCACUUAGCAUGUGCUAAACUUACCUAAACAAUACGUCAUGUUAUACAGCAGCUGAAAUAUUUUUGUUUUGAUUGUUCCAUUUGUGAUAAAGUGUCAAGUUAGGCAGAUAUUUUGCCAACAUUUGUGCCCAGCAGAUAAAGUCUUAUGUCAGAUGAGAGGCGGCAUGAAGGCACAUUAAUAAUCUAGAUUUGUUCUUGUUCUUGAGAUGCUGCUGUAUAAGUCAGAUAAAUGUAAACAGGAUCAGGGUUGAGUGGGAUAUUUUGAAGGGAAAACUUAUUUUUCUUUCUUUAUUAAUCGUUUUCUUCCUGGUCAGGGUUGCUGCACCACACAAACAUGUUCUAAGUACUAUCUAUUCGAAAUGUAUUUUACACUAAAUACAAAUACUUCAUUGUGGUGAUGCGCAACCCGGCAUGAUACAUGAUUUACCUUCCUACAGUGAUGUGAUGAUAGAAACAGUGUUUAGAGCUGAGCAGUUGAUGUGAUACUGGAUUCUGCUAAUCUGCCACUUUUAAGCUUUUAAUUGUUGGUUUCCAGAUUAGUUUGUACAAAUAAGACAUUAAACUGUUACAUGGCUGACGUGGUUCCUUUAGUCUAAAUAAGAAGUGCUAAUACAAAUCUUAACUCUUGUGUGUUUGCACAGAUUUACUUUGGCUUCCCUCCAACAGCAAAUCAUUUCAAGUAAAUGUCAAGUGCUUCAGCCAUUGUUCUGGUUUGUUCAUGUGCUUUUGUGCACUGUAUUAAAAUAUUUAGGGUAUUUCACAGCAUUUCACAUCAGACCUGUUUAAACUGUACAGAUGCACACAGAUCAGCUUAAUAUGUGCUAAUAAUCAACAAAUCAGUGUUAAAAUAAAAAGUCAGUGUUCCUGUUCUACUUUCUAAUAUAAUACUGCAGUAGUCGACUUGUAUCAUAGUUAUUUAUAGAGUUAAAUUAUAUCAUUUCAAGCUCAUUUGUGAUUCUUAUUGUUUUGGAUUCUGUACUGUCUCUGUCUGGCUUUCAUUUAACUGCUUGAUUAUUGAUGCUUGUCUUUGGUAACAUGGUUUCUCCUGUAAUUGUUCUACUUUGCGCCCCCUUGCUUUUGAAGCCCUGUUUGGUUAAAAUUAUUUUUUGGGGGGACCUGGAAUAAUUCUACCUUUACUGGUGUAUUAUUGAUGAUUUCAAUGAGUAUCUGCUUUGUGAGUUUUUUCUGAUUAGGCUUUUUAUUAUUUUAUACUCAGUUUUUUUUUUUUUAUUUGACUGCUGCUAUAUUUUUUUUAAAUUGUGAUAGUACGACUGGGGAUUAAAACCUUGAAUCCUAGAUAUAGUGGGCUAGCGUGAUUAACCGUUACAUGUAUGCAUUUGUUGUUGAUUUUGUGGCAGAUCUGAUUUGCAAGGUUAAUAAAACAGAUUUCCAUAGAUUAAAACAUUUUUAAAACAUUUAAAACAUUUUUCUCCCUGUAAGUAAUAGUUUCUUCACAUCAGUGCACCAAAACAGUUGUUUUUUAAUCUUAAAGAGCUCAUAUCAGUGUGAGAUCCCAAAACAAUUCAAAUAAGAUGCUGCCAAAUGAGUGAUUAUAAAUGAUCCAGUAAUGGAACAACAGUUCAUUCAUUUCUUUUUUAGCAAUUCCGAUUUCAGGUCCGGUUUCACCGAGAAACACUGGGCACAAAGCAGAGAGGGUGCCAGUCCAUCAAAUGGCUUCGGCCACCCUUCCUCAGGCUGAUAGAUAGUUCGCAGGAUAGUUUAACAGACAACUGCUCCACUUGAGCGCUUUGUAGAAACAGUCACAUAUUAAAUUAGUAUACAAGUUUGUAAAUAUUAAACAAAAGCAUUAAAAGUUAAUUAUGACCAUUUGCUUGUUAUUAUUGGGCUCUAGCAGUGGAGUGACUUGUUUUAAUACAUGAUCAAGUAAACAAGCAUUUUAUUUUACUGUUUAAAAUAAAAAAUCAAUCAGCUACAAACGUUGCUGUUGAUGCUGAUGAGAUUAAAUCAUUUUAGAACAGGGUUAGUCCAUGAUUUCCAAGUUUUGUAUUACACUCUAGCUAAUUCUAAGUUUAUGGGUUUUUUUCUUUUUUGCUUCCUUUCUUUCUGCCUGGUUUAUGAGUAUGAAUCGCCUCUGGCUUUGCUGUCGGUUUGUGUUCUGAUCCCUUGUCGGGUGUAAUUUAAAAAAACUGGAAUGCUCUUAUAAACAGAUGCAUUGCAGCUUUUCUUUUUUUCAGAUUUCUUCAUUAAUUCAUUCCUGGACUUGUUUUCAGUGAAGCUUAAGGAAAUGCUAAUAUUUUUCUUUCGUUUAUAAUAUACAGUAUUUAUACCAUGAUCACGUGGACUGAUUGGAAAAUGCAGCUGGAAUGGUACAGAACUUUAGUACUUUAGCUGUUUUGAUGGACACUAUAUGGCUAAACUAUAGAACAGAUAUAAACAUGAUACCGAUGUUGUAGUAAUGUAUUAUAUGAAAGUGUCAUUGUAUUUUGUGUGUGUCUGUGUGUGCACCACAGAGCUGUUUGUAAAACUAAUAAUGUGAGUCAGAUGUUUUCUGUGAAGUGUUUCUUGUUACACACAGUGUCACUUUCUGUAGUACAAAGUUGUAUUGUGAACUCGACAAAGAAAGGGAGACUUCACUCUUAUUGUAAGAAUAAAGCAUACAGUAUGUAUAA